GUGCGGACCUGGACCCGCCUGAGGCGGCUCUUCAGGACUGCCAGUUCCACUUGUUUGGCGACGAGAUCGUGGGCAGGAAAUGCGAUCCACGAGAAGGAUUCCAGAACAAAGUCCAGGAGCUGUUGCGCGUGUAUCCGGCGUACCACAGCGAAGG